AUGGAUGGGUCUCAGCCACAAAAGAAGAUAAGAGAAGACUUAUUUGGUGGCGAUGAUCUUUUCACUGACAUCCAAAAGAAAAAAAAGCAAAAUGCAACAUCCGAAUCAAAUUCAUUAGCUGGCGAAAAGAAUGAUAACACUAGUAAUUCAAAUAAUAAGAGCCAAACAGCAGGAAAAAAGAAACCAGCACAAUCUGUUAAUCUUUUCGAUGAUGAAACUCCAAAAUCAAAAUCGAAACAAAAAGCACCAGCUAAUAAAAUGUAUUUAUUCGGUGAUACUGGAAUGCAACCAUCUGCAAAAGUUGUUGAUCUUUUUGGAGAUGAUAAUUCUGCGAAAUCAAAGAAAAAACAAUCAGCAUCUGCCGAAAAUCCAGUAAAAACAACGGAAGAACAAUCACCUAAACAAAAUACAGAUGUUUUUGCUCAGAAUCAGCCAAUAUCUUCGAAGGCAUCGUCAUUAUUUGAUGAAUCCACUCCUACUCAAAAGAUAUCAAAGGAUAAAUCAGCUAAAAAGCCAAAGCGUGAUACAAAUAAAUCCAAAGACGAUGGAUUAUUCGGAAAGGAUGAUUUGUUUGGAUUGUCAGAUAAAGAACAAGCCAAUAAACCACAGGUUAUUGAUAUUUUUGGUGAUACAAAACCAAAGUCAUCACAAAAAUCGCAAUCUCAACCCCAGAUAAUUGAAGAAAAACCAAAAGUUGAACAAGAUUUACCAAAGCAAACUACUUCAUCCGAAAAGAAAGCUCUUUUCAACGAAGAUGAAGAUCCAAUACUUUCUCAACCAGAAAAGGUCGAAAAAGUUGAAAAAUCUCAACCUAAAAAUGAUAAAUUAUUCGAUGAACCUCCAAAACAAGAAGUUCAACCACCAAAGCCAAAUCCAAUACUUGCCAACAAAGCAUUAUUUGGUGAUGAUGACGAUGAUGUCGCUCCACAGCAAGGAUUAGACACAACAAAGCAAAAUAAGCAAUUGUUUGACGAUGAAGAACCAAUUCCUGCUCCAAAGGCUGUAGAUUUAUUUGCAGCAAGUGCUCCAAAGCAGAAACCAGUUCAACAAAAAGAAACAAAAUCAAAGAAAUUUGGACGUAAAGAUAUUGACUUGGAUUUAGAUUUGGGACCAUCUACGACAUCAACAUCAACAACUAUUGAGUUCAAAGAAGACGAAGAAAAGAUUUCCAAAGAAAAAGCUGAAUUAUUAUUUGCUAGAAACACAACUGAAAGAGAUAUGUAUCUUUUACGUGCAGGAAAACUUCAACCAACUCAGGAUGAUGGAGAAUUCGGCCUUAAUUAUACAGGAAUUACUCCAAUUAAAAAGAAUAAAACAAAGAGAGUUUCAAAUGCCGAACAACCGAAAGAUAAAUUGGUUGAUAUCGACAGUGAACAAGAUUCUGCUGCUAAAACAGCACAAAACCAAGAUAAAUCUGAUGACUUGUUCAAUUCAGGCGAGAAAACAAAUAAGAAGUCGAACAAGAGCGCGUUUACUCUUCCUUCUGCCAGUGGAGAUACUCAGAAUCAAGAGAAACCAAAAGUUUCCUUAUUCGAUGAAAAUAUUUUCGAAAAACCAUCACUUGACAAACUCAAAGUUGUUCCACAACAGAUAGAUUUGUUUGGACCAACUAAAAAGAAAGGAAAAGGAAGCGUUUUCGAAGAAGAAGUUCAAAAGAAUAUGGAAAGACAGAAAAAGAUCGAAGCAGAGCAACAAGAGAAGACAAAGAAGUUCGCAGAAGAACAAAAGAAGAAGCAAGAUGAGCAGAGAAAGCUCGAACAAGAAAAACAGAAGAAAUUAGAAGAAGAAAGAAAAGAAAAAGAGAGAAUUGAGCAAGAAGAGCAAUUGAAACUCAAAGAAGAACAAGAAAAGCAGAGAAAGCUCGAUGAGCAAAAGAGAAAAGAAAAUGACAGAAUUGAGAAGGAAAGAAUUGAAAGAGAAAAAAUUGAGAAGGAAAAAAUUGAAAGAGAAAAAAUUGAGAGGGAGAAAAGUGAAGCAGAAAGAAAGAAGAAAGAAGAGCAAGAAAGAAUAUACAGAGAGGAAGAAGAGAAGAGAAUCAAGAAAGAAAAUGAAAUUCAGCAGAAAUUAUUAGAAGAUAAAUUAUUCAGCUCGCCAGCAAAGCCAAAGAUUCAAAACGAUCUCUUUGAUAACGUAGAUGAAGUUAAAAGCGAUCCGAAACUAGGAAUUUUCGGCGAUAAUCCGACUGAGAAUAAAGAUGCGGCACCUGUAAAGCAAAAUCUCUUCAACGACGAGGAAGAAGCUCCUAAACCACAGAAGAAGGCUAAAACUGAUGGAAAGCCUAAGAAGAUUAAUGCUUUUGCUAUGGAUGAAGAUAUCUUCGCUGGAAUACCAGAAAAACCACAUGAAGAAGUCAAGCCAGAAGAUGAUAUCCUUAACCAAGCACAAACAGAAGAAGAAAAGGCUCCAGAACCAAAGAAAGUCGAAGAAGCCAAACCAGAACCAGAAAAGAAGAACCAAUUGUUCGAAGAAGAACAAAAGAAGCCUGAAACACCAAAGACUGACUUAUUUGGCGAAGAACCAAAGAAAUCUGACGCAAUUAAAUCAGAUUUGUUCGAUAGUAAGCCAAAACCAACCGAAUCGAAGAAGAAUGAUUUGUUUGGUGAAGAACCAAAGAAACCUGAAGCAAUUAAAUCAGAUUUAUUCGAUGAUACUCCAAAACAGACAGAAUCGAAGAAGAACGACUUAUUCAGUGAAGAACCGAAGAAGGUUAAACCAAAUCCAAACGAUUUGUUCAGUGAUGAGCCGAAGAAACCGAAAAUCAAAAACGAUUUGUUCGAAGAAGCGAAGAAGAAGAACGAUACCAAUUCUAAUCUGUUUGAAGAGGAUUCUAAGAUGAAGACAGCUCCAAAGAGCAAUUUAUUCGAUGAAGAACCAAAGAUUGUCGAAAAGAAGAAAAAGAAUUUGUUUGAUGAUGACUUAACUCUUACAAAGAAACCAGAAAAGAAGAAGGAUGAAGAGAAACCAGCCCAAAAGAAGAAGAAUCUGUUUGAUGACGAAGAUGACUUCUUAGUUUCGAAGAAGAAAGAAGAAAAGAAGCCAGUUUCUCAAGUAAAGAACCUCUUUGAUGAUGAUGACGUUCUUCCUGCCAAGAAAUCUGAAGAAAAGGCUCCUUCGCAGAAGAAGGGACUUUUCGAAGACGAAGACGACAUCAUUUUCGGAAAGAAGAAAGAGAAAUCAAGCGACAGUGACAAGAAGAAACAAGAAGAAGAAAAGAGGAAACAAGAAGAAGAAAAACGCAAACAGGAAGAAGAAAGAAAGAGAAAGGAAGAAGAAGAACUAAAGAAGAAACAAGAAGAAGAGUUAAGGAAGAAGGAAGAAGAAGAAUUAAAGCGCAAACAAGAGGAAGAACUCAAACGUAAAGAGGAAGAGGAAAGAAAGAAGAAGGAAGAAGAGGAAAAGAAGAGAAAAGAGGAAGAGGAGCUUAAGCGCAAACAAGAAGAGGAAGAAAAGAAGAGACAGGAAGAGGAAAGAAGGAAGAAGGAAGAAGAAGAAUUAAAGAAGAAACAAGAAGAAGAAGAGAGAAAACGUAAAGAAGAGGAAGAACUCAAAAAGAAACAAGAAGAGGAAAGAAUCAGAAAAGAGGAAGAAGAAAAGAAGAAACAAGAAGAACUCAGGAAGAAGGAAGAAGAGGAAAGAAAGAGAAAGGAAGAAGAAGAGCUCAAGCGUAAACAGGAAGAAGAAUUGAAGAAGAAAGAGGAAGAGGAGUUAAAGAGAAAAGAAGAAGAAGAAAAGCGCAAACAAGAAGAAGAGGAACUCAAACGUAAACAGGAAGAAGAGGAAAGAAAGAAGAAAGAGGAAGAAGAGAGAAAGAAGAAGGAAGAAGAAGAAAAGCGCAGACAAGAAGAAGAGGAAAGAAAGAAGAAAGAGGAAGAAGAAUUAAAGAAGAAACAAGAGGAAGAAGAAAGAAAACGCAAAGAAGAAGAGCUCAAGAAACAAGAAGAGGAAAAGCGCAAGCAGGAAGAAGAAGAAAGAAAGAGAAAGGAAGAAGAAGAGCUUAAGCGUAAACAGGAAGAGGAAAGAAAGAAGAAAGAGGAAGAAGAGAGAAAGAGAAAAGAAGAGGAAGAGCUCAAGAAGAAACAAGAAGAAGAAUUAAAGAAGAAACAAGAAGAAGAGCUCAAGAAGAAGGAAGAAGAGGAAAGAAAGAAGAAAGAGGAAGAAGAGAGAAAGAGAAAAGAAGAGGAAGAGCUCAAGAAGAAACAAGAAGAAGAGCUCAAGAAGAAGGAAGAAGAAGAAAGAAAGAAGAAAGAGGAAGAAGAGAGAAAGAGAAAAGAAGAGGAAGAGCUCAAGAAGAAGGAAGAAGAGGAAAGAAAGAAGAAACAAGAAGAAGAGCUCAAGAAGAAGGAAGAAGAGGAAAGAAAGAAGAAACAAGAAGAAGAGCUCAAGAAGAAGGAAGAAGAGGAAAGAAAGAAGAAACAAGAAGAAGAAAAGCGCAAACAGGAAGAAGAGAUGAAGAAGAAAGAAGAGGAGCAAAAGAAAGCUGCAACUGCAAAGAAACCAGCAGCUAAAGGUAAAAUCGCAGCUCUUGCAGCAAUACAAGCAGCAAACAUUCCGUUCGGCGGCCGCCCGGUCUUACCGGGUCAGAGACUUCCGAAGCGAAGGGAAGAACCAAAGGAAGAAACUCCUGAACCACAACAAAGCGAAGUUAAAGAAGAGAAGGAAGAAAAACCUAGUAAUGCUUCACAAGUAAGGAAACCAGUAAGAAAAGGCAGGAGACCACCUACAAGACCGCCUAAAUAA